AUGCCUCUGGAGGACAAUAUUCUCCGAGAAGUCUGGGCCUCCGAAAGUGAGCUGGAGGAGGAAUCUGGGAGCCCAGAGCUACAGACGCGCCCCAAACAGGCAACCCCUCCCGUCUGCCAGUACCACCUCCCCACCCCACUCCUUGACCGGCCCCCCCAGCACCCCACCCUGGUCCCGCAGCGUCUCGCCGCAGGGCAGAAGCCGAGAAAGAAGCGGCCUGAAACCCAGGAGUGCCCCAGCCCCGCCGAAGCCAAACCCCGGAGAAGCGCGGCCGCAGGGCGUGGGGACGAGCGGGGGGCGCCACCGCAGGGACCGAGAUGUCUCUGCCUAGCCGGGAAGAAGGGUAGGCGGAAGGAUGAGCCGCUCAGGACUCCUGCCGAACCGAACCCCUAUGCCAAAUUCAUCCGUGACCCGGAGCGGAAGAAACCAAGCCCGGGGGAAACAUUUCUCGUAGCCCGGGCCCCAAACGUGCCGGACGGUGAGAGAUUAAGAGAUCUGGGAAGCCCUGCUGUCCCCCGGAAAACUAUCCGAAAUAAGAAGAAGGAGGCAGCAGCAGGGGGUUCAACUGGGGAGGAACCCAAGAUAAGAAAGGUCAAGAAGAAAGGAUCUGAUGAGGCAGAAAGGGAGUCCAUAGGGACACCUACUGGAAACAGAAAGAUACCAGUGUCCAUGUUCCAGGUUGGAAGAGAGGGCCCUACAGAAAAACCAUUGAAGAAGAAAGCUUCCCCCAAAGUCCCAGAAGCUGAGAGUGAGGAGGAAGAGGCAACAACCAAGAAUAGCAACCGAAAGGGAAAAGGGAAAGGAAAGGAAAAGUCCCAAAGAACAGUCCUGUGGCUGGUGCUACCUGGUCUCUCAGCCCUGCCCCCUGAGGUCCAACCACCCAAUAAGGCCAAAGAUUGGGGACAACCUGGGGAAUGGGAAAUCCUGGGACAGAAUUUUAAAUUAAGUGGAAUCCCCUCAUCUUCUUUCUGUCCUUCCUCUAUGCAGAAGGAAGAGAGACCCCCAUCACCUCCCAUCGAAGUGGAUGACCCCAAGGAAUUUGUGCUGCGCCCAGCACCACAGGGCAGGACUGUGCGGUGCCGGGUAACUCGUGACAAGAAGGGAAUGGACCGGGGAUUGUACCCCUCCUACUACCUGCACCUGGACAGUGACCGGAAGGUAUUCCUCCUAGCUGGCCGAAAGCGGAAACGGAGCAAGACUGCCAAUUAUCUCAUCUCUGUUGACCCCACCAACCUAUCCCGGACAGGGGAAGAUUUCAUUGGCAAGCUCAGAUCUAACCUUAUAGGAUCCCGAUUCACUGUGUUUGACAAUGGAAAGAAUCCCCAUCAUGGAGGUGCAGAUGUGGCAACCUACCGACAAGAAUUGGCAGCUGUCAUUUACGAGACCAACGUUCUGGGCUUCCGGGGGCCCCGUCGAAUGACAGUCAUCAUCCCAGGGAUGAGCUCAGAAAAUAAGAGGAUCCCAAUCCGGCCCCGAAAUGCUAGCGAUGGGCUUCUGGUGCGCUGGCAGAACAAGACAAUGGAGAAUCUGAUAGAACUACACAAUAAGACACCUGUAUGGAAUGAAGAGAGUGGCUCUUACACUCUCAAUUUCCAAGGACGAGUCACCCAGGCCUCUGUCAAGAACUUCCAGAUUAUACAUUUGGAUGACCCUGACUAUAUCGUGCUGCAGUUUGGCCGGGUGUCAGAAGAUGCAUUCACUCUGGACUAUCGAUACCCACUUUGCGCCCUACAAGGCUUUGCUAUAGCCCUCUCCAGCUUUGAUGGGAAGCUGGCCUGCGAGUAACCACACUAUCUUGCCCCCACUGCUCCAAGAUUCCAUGCCCUAUGUGGAAGAGGAUUACAGCGGAGACUAAUUUGGAGGUUCCCUCGUUCAGGAGUUCUUUUACUGUAAACUCAAGCUCAAAGAUCCCUCCACCCCAGAGUCCCAAUCUAUUUUUAAUGGUCCUUGACAAAGGGAUCCUCGGAGAAGUGAUCCCUCUGUUCCAGCAGCCCUGAUGUAAGUUCCACUCCUUUAAUGAUCCUUAACCCUGAUUCCAAAGCUACUGACUCUAAUUCCUUGAGGAUCUAGUCCCUAGAGACUCCCUCCUUCCAUGUUGCCAGCUCUUGGCUGAGACAAGGGGAGGAACUUAAGACAGCUGGAAGGAGAUGAGGAACAUCUGGACUCAAGUUGGCGCUGCACAUCUGGAUAUGGUGCUCUCCUCUCCCUAACAUGCCCCCCCCCCAUCCUCUCCUCCAUUACUUCCUGUCCCGGAGCAGUUUGAGAUUGUAUAUUUUUAAACCAUCCUCCCCCUUUUUCUCCUCCUUUCCCCCACCUCGAGCUGCAUUGGGGCUCUGAACUGGGGCUCCCUGGGGCAAGGUUGAGAAAGCUGGCUUGCAGGGGAUAUGCAUCUCAAUAAAGCAAUUUUCCUGCUGGUGAGCAGAAGGCUCUUUGAGGAAGGGAACUUCGAACCAAAAGGGGAGGGAAGCGAAGGGGGCGGAGAGGGGAGAGUGGGAGUAGUAUAGAAACGGGGAGCUGAGAAUGAUGACCCGAUCUUAUUGUGGGAUCCUGAGGGAGCACCUUCCGAGUCGCAGUAAAUUCUCCGGAUCAAAUUAACCCCAUCACUCCUAACCCGUUCUCUCUAGUCUCGUCCCCCAGAACGUUAAGAGAAAUCUUUUAGAAUAUACCCACGUACACCCUCUCCCUGAAGUUGC